ACAGCCGAAAAGUCCGCAGAUUUUCCCGUAUCGUUCAGUAAAAAUAAAAGAAUUCUUUUAUCACAAAUUGAAAAAUUGUAAGAUUUUUCGAACCAACUUUAAAAGUGAAACACGCGUCGCUUCGACCUUUUUGCCCGCAAAAGCAACCAAACAAACCAUACAAAAAGGCAGUCAGCCGUUUAUUAAUAAACAAUAAAGACAAUCCAACAAAAGUAUUUAAUGGAUUUUAAGUGUCAGUGACUCUUCCACACAAAAACUAUAGACCAACAAAAAAAGAGCUAAAACACACACACGCGACGCUGUAUAAUCAGCCAAGAAACCCAGCGACAACUACAACAACAGCAGCCACUGCUGGUGAUAAUAAAAGAACUUACAACAACAGCGCAGUCAACGCCAGAGAACCAGUAUAAAGUUCAAUAUAAAUGGUAUAUAUGGUAUAUAAGCAGACAGCAUAAGGUUGAUUUAAAUUAAACAAAGGAGGAGCACAGGCAGAAGCAGCAGAGACCACAGACCAGCAGAAACAACAAGACUUCGGUUUGUCAUUCAAGUAUUUUUGGUACAUACACGGCAUACAAAUGGCAGCCUACUUGGAUCCCACUGGCCAGUACUGAGCGCAGAAGGAGGAACAACAGUCCACAGUCCAAAAGCCAAAACUUAUCAAACAACUGCAAAUCUGCAAUCCUAUAUCAAUCACCCUAUAUAAAUUCCAAGAUAUAACCAUGGCUGCCUAUCUGGAUCCCACUGGUCAAUACUGAAGAGGAAGGAAGAAGAGCCCGAUCAAAGAGCUAUCAAAAGAUAGAGCUACAAAAAUAUUAUCUAUCACAUUAUCUAAAUCGUUAUAUCAAUCUCAAAAUGUCGCUCGCUUUGGACCCCACUGGCACCUACUAAGCCACAAGGUUUAAGAACCCAACCCUCUCUAUCCAGCCAACAAAUACCUGGCUAAAAAGUGAACACAGAAGACCGUUUCGGUGCGAAGAAAAGCUAUAGAAAAUCAGACAAAAUGCUGGAUCCCACAGGAACCUACCGUCGCCCACGCGACACAAAAGACACACGCCAGAAACGGCGUCAGGACUGCCUAGAUCCCACCGGGCAGUACUGAGGAUCAACAUCCUAACAUCAAAUCCAACCACAACAACAACCCCAUACCGCCUUUGCCUUAU